ACCCAAUUCAAUUCCCUUUCCUUCUUCUAUAAUAUUUUCAACACAUUUCCAUCUCUUUCUUCAUCAUCAUCACCAUCGCCUGAAAACCAGAGGAAAAAUCAAAUCAGCCGGGGAAAUCGUUUCUCAGACGCAGAAGAAGGAAAGCGAAGCAUCGCGCCGUCGUCUCUCGCUUUGUUUUCCCAAGGCUCUUUAAUAACAAAUAAACCUUAUUUUUGCAAGUGCAACUUACUUCGACAUGGAAGAAGAGACGCGAGUUAUUUCUGAAGUUUCUGUAACCAAGGCCGUUGCUGAUCCUAUUGAGGCUGUCAAAGGAGAGUUGCCUCCUGUUGCUAAGGAAGGAAGGAAAGAAGAGGAGGAAACGACCUUGGAUGGAGAGUUCAUAAAAGUGGAGAAGGAGUCUUUUGAAAUGAAGGAGAGUUCCCAUGUUGCAGAGCCCACUUCUGUAGGACACAAGGAACAAUCUGUGAUCGACAGGACUUCAAGCAAUUCUAGCCGAGAAUUGCUAGAGGCUCAAGAGAAGAUGAAAGAACUUGAAGUUGAACUGGAGAGAGUCGUCGGGGUAGUGAAGAAUACUGAGUCUGAUAAUGUUCAGUUGAAGGAGGAGCUCUCGCAUGCUCAGGAGAAGUUGGAGCUUGGUGCGAAAAAGUACGAAGAGCUCGAGCUCAGCCACAAGAAAUUACAAGAGCAGGUCAUUGAAGCUGAGGAGAGAUACAGAUCAGAACUUGAGGCAUUGCAAGAGGCACUCCAAGCACAAGAAGUGAAACACAAGGACCUGAUCAGUGUCAAAGAGGCUUUCGACGGUCUUAACCUUGAGCUAGAAAGCUCGAGGAAGAGGAUGCAGGAGUUGGAGCAUGAGCUCCAACACUCAGCAAGUGAGGCUCGAAGAUAUGAGGAAUUGCACCGGGAAAGCGGUUUACAUGCUGAGACUCAGACAGAGAAGGCUUUGGAGUUUGAGAGGUUGCUUGAAGCUGCGAAAGCUAGCACGAAAGAAGCGGAAGAUCAGAUGGCUUCCCUCAAUGAGGAGGUCAAGGGACUUUUUGAGAAGGUUGCAGAGAACAAAAAGGUGGAAGAAGCUCUUGAGAAAACCACAGGAGAACUUGCUUCUGUCCAAGAUGAGUUGACGCUUUCAAAAUCACUGCUAGUGAAUCUUGAGGAAAGUCUCUCCUCAAAAGAAGCUCUCCUGAAUGAACUUACCCAGGAAAUGGAGCUGAGAAAAGCAUCUGAAUCUCAGAUGAAGGGAGAUAUCUCUGCCCUUGAAGGCAUUUUGGCUUCAACUAAGGAGGAUCUUCAAGAAAAGGCAAAAGAGUUGGAAGAGAUCAAAUUGAAGCUACAGGACGAGAUGAACUUUAAAGCGACAUUUGAAGGGCAAUUCACAACCCGGGAAGCUGAGUUUACUGCUAUUCAAGAGAAAUUAGCAGAAGUAAUUGCAGAGAAAGGAACUCUCGAGGCAACUGUGGCAGAUCUCAACACCAGUGCAGCACAGAUGAAGGAACUGCGCGCUGAUCUAGAGAGCAAAUUGAAGCUUUCGGAUGAUAAUUUCUGCAAAGCAGAUUCUCUUCUGUCUCAAGCUCUUUCCAAAAAUGAAGAACUUGAACAGAAGCUGAAAUCUCUUGAAGAGCUCCAUGGUGCAUCUGGUGCUGCAGCAGCAACGGUCACGCAGAGGAACUUUGAGCUUGAGAGCUUAGUCCAAACUUCAACUAGCGCAGCAGAAGAGGCAAAAUCACAAAUGAGAGAGCUCGAGACCCGUCUCAUAGCAGCAGAGCAGAAGAACGUUGAGCUAGAUCAAGAGUUAAAUUUGGUGUUACUGAAGAGUGGAGAGGCUGAGAGGCAAGUAAAAGAAUUCUCCGACAAGGUGUCGGAACUCAGUGCCAUGCUGAGUGAAGUGGAGGGUGAGAAGAACCAACUCGGUAGUCUUGUGAAGGAAAACGAGGAGAAGAUAAGCCAGCUGGAAGCUUCCCUAAGCCAGUUGGCGCUUCAGAAUUCUGAGCUGGAGGGAGAACUAAAGAAUGUUUCAGGUAAAUGUGCUGAACAUGAGGACCGAGCAAAUAUGAACCAUCAGCGCAGUCUCGAGCUGGAAGACCUGAUCCAGAUGUCUCAGUCCAAAGCAGGGGAUGCUGGCAAAAAAGCGAGUGAGAUGGAGUUGCUACUUGAAGCAGAGAAAUAUAGGAUCCAGGAGCUUGAAGAACAGAUUAGUUCCCUCGAGAAGAGGUGUGCUGAAGCAGAAGCAGAGACUGAGAAGUUCUCGAGCAAGGCAGCUGAGCUGGCUUCUGAACUCGAGGCUUUUCAAGCAAGAUCCUCCAACCUUGAAACCGCUCUGCAAAGUGCGAGCGAGAAAGAAAAGGAGUUGACAGAAUCCCUCAAUGUGGCCACUCAGGAAAAGAAGAGGUUGGAAGAUAAAACAAACAAUUCAAGUCUGAAGCUCGCUGAGACAGAAAGUCUGCUUGAACUCGUGAAAGAGGACUUGAGUCUAGCACAACAGAGGUUGGAGAGCCUCGAGAACGAGCUUAAGGCUACUGGGGUGAAAGAAAGUGAGGUCUCAGAGAAGCUCAAGUAUGCUGAGGAACAAAUAGAGCAACAUGUGAGAGCUUUAGAAGAAGCGGCAGCAAAAGAGUCAGAGAUUCGGGCAUCGCACGAAUCAUUGUAUAGGGAUUUCGAGCUUAAACUCAAAGAGUCAAUGACGAGCUUCUCGGAUAAAGACUCGGAGGCCAAAUCUCUUUUGGAAAAGCUGAAGAAUCUUGAGGAUCAAAACAAGAAUUUUGAAGGUCAGGUUGCUGAAGCUUCUGGAAAAUCUGCAUCUUUGAAGGAAGAAUUGGACCAAAGUUUGGCCAAAGUGGCUUCCCUGGAGACCACUGUUGAGGAGCUUAAACAGAAAAUUGUCGAAGCAGAGAAUAAGGCUUCACAAGCCCUUUCAGACAAUGAACUUCUAGUCGAGACAAAUGUACAACUCAAACUCCGGGUUGAUGAACUUCAAGAGCUGCUAAACUCUGUUGCUUCCGAGAAGGAAGCCACUACUGAGAAAUUAGCUUCUCACAUAACAACUAUCACCGAGUUGCAGGAGCAGCACUCUAGAGUUCUUGAGCUCAAAUCUGCAACUGAAGCUCGCAUCCUUGACGCAGAAAAGCAAUUGGAAGAAGCAAUGGGGAAGUUUAUUGAGAAAGAUGCAAAAGCUAAGGACUUGAAUGAGAAGCUCUUUGGGUUAGAAAGCCAAAUAAGGGUAUACGAAGAACGAGCCCACGAAGCUUCUGCAAUUGCUGAAAAGCAGAAGAUCGAGUUGGAAGAGACCCUUUAUCAAUUGAAGCAUUUGGAGAGUGUCCUCGAAGAGGUGAACGCCAAGUUGGGUCUCUCUCAGAAGGAAAAUGAAGGGUUAGCAGAGGCAAACUUGAAGCUCACUGAAGAAGUAGCCGCGUAUGAGUCGAAGUUGAGUGAUCUACAAACAAGCUUAUCUGUCGCUCUUGCUGAGAAGGAUGAAAUAUUGGAACAGCUUAACUUAUCAAAGAGAUCUGCGGAUGAGCUGUCAGAGCAGCUUGCCGCUGAAGGGCACGCACUAAAAUCUCAGAUAAGCUCGAUUGUGGAAGAGAACAACCUGAUGAAGGAGACUCACGACAAUUCCAAGAGAGAACUUCAAUCCCUAAUAGAUCGGCUUGAAGAACAGCUGAAGGAGCAGCAAGCAAGCGAAGGUGCUCUGAUAUCUGAAGUUGAAAGUCUCAAAGCUGAGAUUGUUGAGAAGUCAAAACUGGAAACUCAUAUUCGGGAACUUGAGGAGAAAUUUUCUCAAAACAUAGUGGCUAAGGAGAGAGAAGCUGCGGUUCCUGAGAAGGAGUUGGAGCGUGAAGCAGAACUGAAGCAGUCCCUAGAAAAGCUUGGGGAGAAGAGCAAGCAAGUCGCAGUUCUCGAAAAACAACUCAAAGAACUCGAGAAGAAAUUGCAGUCUGCUGAUGCUAAACUAUUAGAGCAGGAAGCGGCUGCUAGUCAAGGCGAGAUCAAGUCCCGGGAUGUUGGAGACAUUGGGUCCACCCCAUCAAAGCGGAAGAGCAAGAAAAAGACCGAAACCUCAGCACAUCCUCAAGCCUCAACCCCUUCAGGUUCCACCAAACUUCAAACCAGCAGUGAGGGUUCUGUAGCCAUGCCUUUUAAGUUCAUCUUGGGGGUUGCCGUCGUGUCCAUCAUUGUGGGCAUCAUUCUCGGCAAGAAAUAUUAGUUUUGGGCCGUGAUCAAAACAGAACCUUCAUUUAGCCCUGGUCAUUUUAUGUUUCCGAAUAUGAAUUCCAUUUUCUUUCUUCUUUCUUCUUCUCUCUUUCUUUCUUUGUCCCCUAGCCAUUCGACCUUCUGUUUGCACAGGAUGUUGAGAAGAAGAAAGGCCUUAUAGUUUGUUUGGAGCUUGUAGUCGUUAUAUAGUUUUUUUUUUGGGUCAGGGAAAUCAGUUUUUUUUUUUACUUCCUUUUUCCGUUACCUCUGAGGAUGGAAAAUGGGUGACAAAAUCAUUGGAUUGGUGUACAAUUGUGGGUUGUAUUAUAACUUCAUCAUUCAUCUGGGAUGCGGAUUUUGAGUGAUUUCCUAUCAUUAUGUUCUUUUUAUAUAAUGUAAGUGGUAAAAUAUAUUUGCUUCU